AUGCGUGUGGAGUUGGCCUACGAGAAGAUGAUGGCUGCUUGGCUUUUGGAGAAUGUCACGAAGGUGGAUGAAGAGUCCAAGGUGUGCUUGCUGGGCUUGGUUUCCAUGCAGUACUACUUCGCGCACAUGCUGCUGUUCGAGAUCGGUAGCGUGGAAGCUGCCGCAGAUGCCUUUCGGAUGGUGGACGAGCACAGUGGAGCGCUUCAUCCAGACCUGUUGGACAAAGCCGCUGGCUACGGCAAGAUUUGGCCGAUCUCUGCCGAUGGGCUUGACAGCCUCAGGCGCGCCUUGCUGCGCGCCUCCUCGGGCGGUGGCCGAGGCGGCCCGGAGCGGCGGCGGCGCUUCAAGAACGCCUUUGGGCUCCAUGACGAGGAUUGGAGCAAGGUUUGGGGCUCCUGGCGCCCCAGGGGCGACCCCUUGGAGCCUUUGUCGCGGCCCUGGGGCGCUGCGCAGUCGGGGGCGCCCAAGCCCAGCUUUCGGGUUUUCGUUUACGAUCCCGACUCGAUCCCAGCAUUGAGGGCUUUGACUCGUGGUGGCUCCUUCUGCAAACACAACCAGUGGGGCAUGGAGGUGGCUCUGCACGACUGGUUUCUGGCGUGUCCCUGCCGGACAGAUAACCCGGAAGAGGCCGACUUUUUCUUCGUGCCGCACUACACCUCGUGUCUCAUCAACCAUGCAGAUACCUUUGAGGGCUGCGACACCAAGCAGCUGUGUGGGCCAACCACGGAGCUGUUUCAGCAGGUCCUUAGCAGCUCCCAGCACUACAGACGUGUGGACGGAGGGCGGGACCACAUCUUCGUGUGGGGCUCCGGGAUGGCAGCAGAUGGGCCCUUCGCCACUUGGCGAGACUGGGUGCCCAACGCCAUCUUCAUGAUGACCGAGCCGGAGCUGUGGAAUCCCUACAAGGAAGUUGUCCUAGCGUCCUACACCCCGUACAAAGACAUCCUGGUGCCCGGACGGAUCACGGUGGAUGACAUGAUUGGGCUUGGGAAAAUGGCCAAACCGGUCGAAGAGCGUAGCGUCCUGGGUCAUUUCAUUGGAUGGCCCAGGCCACCACACCCCUCGGUGAUGCCGCCGGAGCAGUGCCAAAAUAGCAGCUGCCCCUUGAACGUGCGCUCCGUGUUGCUGGCCAAGAAGGGUGACGAGAUGUUGCACGUGGAUGUGGACGUGCCGUACGUGGAGUCCUUCAUGGGUUUGACCAGCUCGUUGUUUUGCUUUGUGCCGCGUGGAAAGAGUGCCUGGUCUUCCCGCUUCUUUCAGACAUUCUUUGCUGGAGACUUGGCUCAGUUUCUGGCGAUUGCUGGCGACCACCAGCGAUGCAUCCCUGUGUUGUUGAACGAUCGCUACGAGCCGCCCUUCGGAGAAAUCGUGGACUUGCCCAAAGCGGUGAUCAAGUGGCCCAUGACGGAGGUGGACGCCCUGGUGGACUACCUCAAGCAACUGGUGGUCGAGAACUCCGACAGGAUGGUGGAGCUGCGCGAGGCUGGACGGGAGUUGCGCUGUUGGUACGCCUGGCCGCCCAGCUGGGUGGAGUGGUCCUGGCUGGAGAUGAACAAAUCCGAGUUCAACAAAACCUGUCAGGACUGGCACUUGAAGAAUGCGUAUGUGGCAGUGACGCGAUUGCUGGCCACCAAAGCAGGUCGCGGCCGCGGCCGCUUCUAUUGGCCCGGUGCCGUCUCCGAGGCUCUCGAGACCCCCGGCGCCUUGUGA